AUGACAACCAAUUGCGCAAAUCAUUCAAAGACAUUCAAGUAUAUUUGUCAUAAAUGUAAUAUUCUGAUGUGUUCAGUAUGCACAGUAGAUCAUUGCAAAAAACGAUCAGAUCAUUCCAAUCAUUGUGAACAUAUCAAUCAGAUUAAACAAUCAUUAAAUAAUAUAUUUAAUAAUGAGAUAAUAAUAGAUAGUGCUAUUGAUAAUAAUGAUAAAGAUAAUAGUGAACCUGUAAAGAAGAAACAGAGAAUAAAUGAUUAUAAAAACAAAAACAAUAACAAUAACAAUAACAAUAACAAUAAUAAUAACAAUAACAAAAACAAUAAAGAAGAAAAUGAAGAAACAGAGCUAUCACAAACAAUUAAAUCGAUUUGGGAAUCAUUAAAAUCAUCGACAUCUCAAUAUCAAUCAUUAACAACAACAGAGAAUGAGAUUAAACAACACUUUGAACAAUUACAUCAAUAUCUAAUCAUUGAAGAACAUAAAUUAAAGAAAGAUAUUAUCAAUGAUAAAGAUACAAUCAUAAAUCAAAUAGAUAAUAAUAUAAAUCAUUUCAAAUAUUUAGUUAAUAUUAUAAAUAUAAAUAAUAAAUUAAAUAAUAAUAAUAGUAAUAGUAAUAAUAGUGAUAAAAAGAGUUAUGAUAGUGAAUCAAUGAUAUUAGAUACAACAGAUACAAAAGAUUUAUAUUCUCCAACAACAAUAAUUCAAUCAAUAAUAUCGAGUUCAACAUUAGAAUCAUUCAUCUCUGAUAAUAAUCAAACAUUGUUCAAUGAACAUCAUGAUCUAUUCAAUAUCGAUGAACUUAUCAAACAACACAACAAUGAUUCAUCACCAUUAUUAUUGGAUAUCAUUCAUAAAUACAACAAUCAAUUCAACAAAACAUCAGAAAUCAUUAAUAAUAAUAAUAAUAAUAACGAAUCAUUUUAUCAACUAUCAAUCAAACAACAUGAUUUCAAUCAAUUGAAUUCAAUGAUCAAACAAUCAAUCAAACUUGUUAAAGUUACAACUCGAUCAUCAGUAUUAAAAACAAACAGCAACGAUAAUAAAUCAUCAUAUAUUUUCACAACACAUCAAUCGAGAGGAGCAACACUGAUUAACCUAUCAAACAACAAUUCAAUCGAAGAGUUUGAUAUUUAUUAUGGUUUUUGUGAUACAUUCCAAUCGAUUAUUGCCAUUGGUGAAUAUAUCUAUGUAUUUGGGGGUGAGAAAGAAAACGAAUGGAUGAAAUUCUCAAUCAAAUCGAAAUCAGUUGAACAUAUUGGUUAUAUGAAUGGUAUAGAUGGCGAUUGUUAUAUAUCAGUUUGCUAUGAUGGUCAAGAUCAUAUCUAUUUGGUUAAUGGUUAUAAAAUAAAGAAUAGAAUUGAUCGAUUCAACAUCAAGACAGAGAAAUUCGAAAGAUAUCAUGGAUUAUCUAAUGAAAACGGUAAUCAAAUAUCAUCAAUGAUCUUCAAAGGUUCAUUAUAUUCACUAUUAUACGAAAAGGAGAGGCUAUUUCAAUUCGAUUUGACAAAUCGAAAGAUAACCUAUCACCAAAUUGAUAUUAGACCAUACACAGCAUGUCAUGAUAACAAUGGAAAUUUCUACACCAUUAAUGUGGACAAUAGCAAAUUGAUCAAAUACAAUGUUGAAAACAAACAAUCCAUCGCUCUAAAGCCUGUUCCUGCCCAAUAUCGUGAUGCUUUUUUGAUAUAUCAUCGAGAAUCAUCAACCUCAAGUUUUCUCUAUUCAAUAGGUGGUCGGGGCUGUAAUAAUUACAAAUAUUCAAUCAAAGACAAUCAAUGGGAACUAUUCUUUGAAGAUGAUAAAUUUAAAAGAGCAUGGUGUGCAUCUACAUCAAUAAUAUUUUAG